CGACACCCACACCCACCCUGCUUUGCGGUUGACGGAUCCUGGAGUCGAAGCGGUCGGAGGCCGUAAAGGCUGUGGCCUGCCGGAAAGUGCGUGAGUGCGGCCGCCGGGGCGUUUUCUUUUCCCAGAUCCUGGGGUCUGGAGGCGGUGAAGAGUGUGUUGGGACGCAUCUGGACAGGUGUGAGGGAUUCCAGAAGGAAGGGAGCCGGCGGCUACGCGACUGCGUGAUGUGACUGACACCCACUCGAGUGGGCUGCGUGUUCCACCACAGCUUACGCCCGAGGAGGGGGAUGGGCCCGACUGGCAGUUUAGGGAGGGAGGCAAACCAGUUGGUUCUGAGAGGGUUGGUUACUUUGGAAUUAAUGACCUUUGGAUUCUUCUCUCUGCACAGGGUUCAGUUUACUUUCUGUGCAAAGCUAUGUAAUGCCGUUUUUCCUCAGGGCGGCUCUUCGGCAAGAACUGGAAAUUACCUGAAGCAAUUCCUGGGUAUGUUAUGUAUAGAAGUGGAUACUUUCCAUAAUAAAUGAAAAUGGCCAACUCUUUAAGAGGAGAAGUACUGAAUCUUUAUAAAAAUCUGCUGUAUCUUGGACGAGACUAUCCAAAAGGAGCAGACUAUUUUAAAAGGCGUCUGAAGAAUGUUUUCCUUAAAAACAAAGAUGUGAAGGACCCAGAGAAGAUCAAAGAACUUAUUGGACGGGGUGAAUUUGUAAUGAAAGAGCUAGAAGCCUUAUACUUCCUUAGGAAAUACAGAGCAAUGAAACAACGCUAUUAUUCAGAUACCAACAAAACUAACUGAUCACUCUUACUAUAAUUUGACUGGAAUUCAGUGCCAGCUGAUUAUGUAUAACAGUUAUGAUAAAAGUAACUGUAACUUAAAAUGGCAAGAUAUAGUUAUGUAAAAAAUACCUGAGCUGCCUUAUUGAAUUAAUGGGUUUCAGCUUCUGUUCACAGAAAGCUUUAUUUUAUCAACAACCCUUUAUGUUUAAUUUUUAUACAAAAUCAGCAAUAUAGCCAACUAUACCAAUUAAAAAUUAAUGGAUACUCAAUUUUGAAUGAAAAUACAGUGUACUUAUUAUAAUUUUAACUCAGUAAGUUUUUACCAAUUAUUCUUAGCCCAUUUCUCCAUUUCACUGAGUAGAGAAUACUACUUAAUGCAUUUAGUUAAAGCAAAAUAAUUUCCUGCACAUUGAUUUCCCUUAACUUUUGAAGGAGUACCACCUUAUUUUUGAUCCUAUUUGGUACAUUAGUAGCACACAUUCAAGGUUCACUACAAAACAAAUAGCACAUGGUAAUGAUUUAAGUGCAGUUACAGAAAUAACAUGUAUGGAGUAAGAUUAUUUCUGAUCUUGAAGUAGGCUGCCAGUGAUUGGCAUUACAUACAUACCUAUGUAGUACCUUCCAUUAUUUUGCUGCUGGCUCCCUUUGGGUCUUAAAUCACCUGUAUCAGUUACCUUUGUGUAUUAAUUACCUUUACUGAUCAAAAGUAAUAAAUAAUGUUCUGUUCUUUCAUCAUAAA